GGCAGCUCAGACAGCUUCUGCCUCACCUGCCAUGGUCCUUCCUCUGCCCUGGCUCUCCCGAUGCAGCCGUUACCUCCUCCAGCCUCCCUGGCCCCUGGCACUCCAGGGAUCCUGGAGGUGCUGGUCCCAGAGCCCCAGUGCAACCACAGAAGAGCCACCUGACUCCACAGGGAGUGGGAAGAUGAGAUCACCUCCGACGACGAGUCCCCGGCCCCGCCCCACAGCUGAGCUGGCCCAAGCUGAGGAGUUGCUGGAGCAGCAGCUGGAGCUGUACCAGGCCAUGCUGGAGGGGCAAGAAGGGGCUUGGGAAGCCCAGGCCCUGGUGCUCAAAAUCCAGAAGCUGAAGGAGCAGAUGAGGAGACACCGUGAGAGCCUGAGAGAUGAUGCUUAAUCUUUUCAAGUUUCCAUUUCAACCUCCAACAUGAAAUGCUAUGCAUGCAUCCCCUGAGCCCUUCAACCAGAAACAUCUCCAAGUCCCCCAGGCUACUAAAGAAACACAAGACACUUCCAGAGGGCAAGGAACUGGAUAGUAGUUAGGAGCUGUGGCCUCCAGUCUUUUCAGCCACACACCCCGCCCCCCCCCCAAUCAUCCUGCAAUCACAGCAAGGCACACAGUCCCUAAAGGAAUAUACCCUGGAUCAUGCCCUAAAUUAAUCUCACCCCAAAUCCAAUAAAGGGACGAAGCGAUU